AUGAGUACAAUUGAUACACCGCCCAAGGACUAUCCAUCAGAAAUCACCGGAUAUGCUGAACCAUGGAUUGCCAGUCCCGGCGACGACGUCGCCAUCAAGGUGUCUUGCACAGAGCCGGAAUAUUCCUAUCGCACUGUGCGUGUCAUACAAGGUGUUCAAGAAGAACACUCCCCGGUGAAGCAGCUAGAGGAGGUCUCCCAGAUCCCAUCAGGGGUGGCUCCAGGACGGUUUCAAUAUGCCCGACCGGGUUCUUAUGCAAUUGUCAAACGUCUUAAUCUGCCGUCUACGUUGGAAGGGGUAGAAGUCACUCUCUAUUUCCAGGCCCAUCUGCCUAAGGCAGGUCAUCCACAAGCCAUCAUUUCUAACUUGAAUGCCGACACAAAGACCGGACUGGCGGUGCUGGUCAGUGAAGGCGGCCUCGUUGAGGCAUGGAUUGGGACAGGAAGCACGGUGGAAACCGUUCACACCGGGUUCAGCCCAGCACGACGAAGGUGGAUCAAGCUUCAUGUCGUGAUCAAAGGAGCCGAAUGCUGCAUUACUCUUCAGCCACUGGCGUAUAUCGUGGAAAAGGCGCCUCCCGUGUCGUCGGUGCAGACCACGUUCACCGCUCCAGUCGUGGCAGCCUCGUCGCCCUUUUCAGAUGAUCUCUUAUUUGCGGCGAGCUAUGCAGACAGCCCAACCUCUACAUUCCCAAGGGCCACGCAUUUCUUCAACGGACGCAUUGACAGUCCUACGAUUUCUAUACUCAAAGGAGCCGCCGCCAAGGAUGUCAUCGCCAAAUACGACUUUUCGCGCAACAUAUCGGAAGACUCCAUCCUGGAUGUUUCGGGCAACAACUUCCACGGUGUCUUGAUCAAUGCUCCGACAAGGGCUGUCACAGGCCAUGACUGGGAUGGAGGUGAGUCGGACUGGACAAAGGCGAAGUACGGCUACGGCGCGAUCCAUUUUCACGAAGACGACCUGGACGACGCGAAGUGGGAGACCGAUUUCACGAUCAAGAUCCCCCACGACGCUCGAUCCGGUAUCUACGCCGUAGAGGUAAAUUCGACAAACGGCAAAACGUCCGACAUGAUUACGUUUAUCGUUCGUUCUACGCCGCAGACGACGGCAGCGACCGGUGCGAAGGUGGCGCUCGUGCUUUCGACCUUCACCUAUCUCGCCUACGCGAACGAGCAGAUUUCGGAUCCUAAUCGCUCGAGCUCGAUCGACGCGGGACCAGGUUUCGACCAUUCAGCCAUCAAACGUACCGAAGACUUUAACCGUCUGACGCGGCGUCGCGACGUGGGCUUGUCAAACUACGACGUUCACAACGAUGAUUCCGGCACGGUCUUCUCCUCUGCAAAGAGACCGAUAUUGAACCUGCGACCGGGCUAUGUCAUGUGGGCGUUUGAGCGACCACGCGAGCUCAGCGCCGACUCCAUGAUGAUCGGGUUCCUGGAGCGGCAGAAGAUUCCGUACGAUAUUGUCACUGAUCAUGACCUCCAUUUCCACGGCGCGGCCGCAUUGGCUCCCUAUAAUACCGUCAUCACAGGCUCUCAUCCAGAAUACCCAACCUUCGAAUCCUACAAUGCGUACGAAAACUUUGCCAGACAGGGCGGCAACAUUUUAUAUCUCGGCGGUAACGGGUUCUAUUGGGUUUCUGCUCUGGACUCAGCCCGACCGUGGCGCCUUGAAGUCCGCCGUGGAGAUCAAGGUGUGCGCACAUAUACCCUUCCAGGGCCUGAGAGGAUCAUGAGUCUGAACGGGACCCAGGGAGGCUUGUGGAAGAGUCGGGGCCGAUCUUCGCACGGCCUUUUUGGCAUUUCCUUCUGCGCCGAAGGAACCGGUCCCGGCGUGCCCUUUAAGCGAACCGAGAAGAGCUUCGCACCGGACUUUGAAUGGAUGUUCAAGGAUAUCUCCCCGGAGGAGCUCAUCGGCGAAUUUGGCCUCGGCGGCGGCGCCAGCGGCGAUGAAGUCGACUCCUUCGAUCUCGCCUGCGGAAGCCCCACAAACGGAGUAAUAGUCGCCACAAGUACAGGCCACCCGGACGCGUUUGGCAUUGUCCCGGAAAUUACCAUGUUCCCGAUCAUAAAGACGCUGGGGACGCAGACGAACGAGAUCCGUUCGGAUAUUGUCUACUAUGAGACGGACGCCGGGGGAGCCAUCUUCUCCGUAGGCAGCAUAAACUGGUAUUGCUCUCUGGGUUGGGACGACUACAAGAACAACGUGGCGAAGCUGACGGAGAAUGUCAUCAGAGAGUUCUUAUCCAGAGCAUCAAAGAAGGAGGUCGAGAAGGAGACUGUGGUCGUCAGGUCGUGA